CCUCUCUCAGAGCCCCGUCCCUUUCCCUUCCCUCGCCCCCGAUUUCUCUGGUCGACGGUCGACCCGGUUCGUCUCAAAAAUGCACUUGGGCCGGCCCAAAACUAGCACCAACACCCGCCACACUUCCAUAGCUGAAGAAGUCCUUCAACUCGCCUUACAUAACGGCCAAUCCGGCCUCGAAAGGGUUCUCGUCUCGUUUGAGUCGAAGCUUUGCGGCACCGAUGACUAUACUUUCUUGCUUCGAGAGCUUGGAAACAGAGGUGAGUAUGAAAAGGCCAUCAAAUGUUUUCAAUUCGCGGUUAGAAGAGAAAGAAGAAAAACUGAACAAGGAAAAUUAGCUAGUUCCAUGAUUAGUAUUCUCGGUAGAUUGGGAAAAGUUGAACUUGCUAAGGGCAUUUUCGAGACUGCCUUGACUGAGGGUUAUGGAAAUACUGUUUAUGCCUUCUCUGCUUUGAUUAGUGCUUUUGGGAGAAGUGGGUAUAUUGAUGAGGCAAUAAAGGUUUUCGAUUCCAUGAAAAACAAUGGGUUGAAGCCAAAUUUAGUUACAUAUAAUGCUGUGAUUGAUGCUUGUGGGAAAGGAGGUGUGGAGUUUAAAAGGGUUGUGGAGAUUUUUGAUGAGAUGUUAAGGAGUGGAGUGCAGCCAGAUCGAAUUACUUUUAAUUCGUUGCUUGCGGUUUGUAGUAGAGGGGGUUUAUGGGAAGCCGCAAGGAAUUUGUUUAGUGAGAUGGUUCAUAGAGGGAUUGAUCAAGAUAUUUUCACUUAUAAUACACUUUUGGAUGCGGUUUGUAAAGGUGGACAAAUGGAUUUGGCUUUCGAGAUUAUGGCUGAAAUGCCUACAAAAAAUAUUUUGCCUAAUGUUGUUACUUAUAGUACUAUGAUUGAUGGAUAUGCAAAGGCUGGUAGAUUUGAUGACGCGCUCAAUUUGUUUAAUGAAAUGAAAUUUUUGGGUAUUGGUUUGGAUAGAGUUUCAUAUAAUACUGUGCUUUCUAUUUAUGCAAAGCUUGGUAGGUUUGAGGAGGCUUUAGAUAUUUGUAGGGAGAUGGAGGGUUCAGGGAUCAGGAAGGAUGUUGUUACUUACAAUGCACUCUUGGGUGGAUAUGGGAAACAAGGGAAGUAUGAUGAAGUUAGAAGAUUGUUUGAGGAGAUGAAAGCACAAAAGGUGUCACCUAAUUUAUUGACUUAUUCAACAGUAAUUGAUGUGCAUUCAAAGGGUGGUUUAUAUGAGGAGGCAAUGAAUGUUUUUAGAGAGUUUAAGCAGGUAGGAUUAAAGGCUGAUGUUGUUCUCUAUAGUGCAUUAAUUGAUGCCUUGUGCAAGAAUGGGUUGGUGGAAUCUGCUGUAUCCUUUCUUGAUGAGAUGACAAAGGAAGGGAUCAGGCCUAAUGUUGUUACGUACAAUUCUAUCAUUGAUGCUUUUGGUCGGUCUGCAACUUCUGAAUGUGUGUUUGAUGCUGGUGGUGAGAUCAGCGAGUUGCAAACUGAAUCUUCUUCAUUGGUCAUUGAGCUUGGUAUUGAAGGCAAAGCAACAGAUGGGGAGGAUAACCAGAUCAUAAAAAUUUUUGGCCAGCUAGCUGCUGAAAAAGGAGGUCAAGCAAAGAAAGAUUGCAGAGGCAAGCAGGAAAUCUUAUGCAUCUUGGGAGUUUUUCAAAAGAUGCAUGAGUUAGAGAUUAAACCAAAUGUUGUCACAUUUUCAGCCAUCUUAAAUGCUUGCAGCCGCUGUGAUUCCUUUGAGGAUGCUUCAAUGUUGUUGGAAGAGCUCCGGUUGUUUGAUAAUCAGGUCUAUGGCGUGGCCCAUGGGCUUCUUAUGGGCUGUAGGGAGAAUGUUUGGAUCCAAGCUCAAUCCCUAUUUGAUGAAGUGAAGUUGAUGGACUCUUCGACUGCAUCUGCCUUUUAUAAUGCUCUGACUGACAUGCUUUGGCACUUUGGUCAGAAACGGGGAGCCCAACUAGUUGUGCUUGAAGGGAAACGUCGGCAAGUGUGGGAGAAUGUAUGGUCGAAUUCUUGCUUAGAUUUGCAUCUUAUGUCCUCUGGUGCUGCUCGAGCAAUGGUGCAUGCAUGGUUGCUAAACAUACGUUCUAUCGUUUUUGAAGGUCAUGAAUUGCCAAAACUGUUAAGCAUUUUGACCGGAUGGGGCAAACAUAGCAAAGUAGUUGGUGAUGGUGCACUAAGACGAACUGUUGAGUCACUCCUCACCGGCAUGGGUGCACCCUUUCAGCUUGCUAAGUGUAACUUAGGUAGAUUUGUAUCAACAGGUCCCGUGGUUACUGCCUGGUUAAGAGAAUCAGGCACCCUAAAGUUGCUUGUUCUUCAUGAUGAUAGAACUCAAUCUGAGAACGCAGGGUUUGGACAAAUCUCAAAUUUACAGACCCUUACUUUGUAGGAGCGCGUAUAUUAUGACGAUUCCUUUCCUUUUAACUUUUUGCUUUUUUGGCUUUUCCUCAUGUUUACCCCUGUAAGUUGUACAAAUUAUCAAAGAAUUGAUGUAUAUAUCUCAGCCUCCCUUGCUCUCA